GCCCCUAUCCAGACAGGAGUCUGGGGUGGCCUGGCAGUCAUCUGCGGGCCCUGGGGGCCCUCUCCCUCAGCCCUGGCUCCAGCCCGCCCAUUCCAGAGCCCACCCAGCCCCCUGUUGGUGCUGGGCUGGGCCUCAGGGAAGAGUAGGGUGCUUGUGCAUGCACAGGUCUUUCCGGCCCUUCCUGGCAGCCUGACAAACCAGCUCCUCUGGGCCAAGGGCUGAGGCGGGGUGUGGCCAGAGGUAGCCAGACCAGCCCCAGCUUCAGAUGCUCAGGCUGCGGCGGUCAUGGGGCUCCCCUGGAGGCAGCCUCACCCUGGGCUGCUGCUCCUCUGGGUGCUACCGUGGCUGCAGCCCAACUUGUGCCUGGAGCUGGUCCCCUACACUCCGCAGAUCACAGCCUGGGAUCUGGAAGGGAGGGUCACGGCCACCACAUUCUCCCUGGAACAGCCUACCUGUAUCUUCGAUGGGCAUGCCGGUGCCAACGACACCAUCUGGCUGGUGGUGACCUUCAGCAAUGCCUCCAGGGACUUCCAGAACCCACAGACCUUGGCCGAGAUCCCCACCUCCCCACAGCUGCUGACCGAUGGCCACUACAUGACACUGCCCUUGUCCCCGGACCAGCUGCCCUGUGAGGACCUGCGGGGUGGCAGUGGAGGUGUCCGCUUGCUUCGAGUGGGCAAUGACUUCAGCUGCCAACAGCAGCCCUACUGCAAUGCUCCCCUCCCUGGCCCGGGACCCUACAGUGUGAAGUUCCUCGUGAUGGACGUCAGUGGCUCUCCCAAGGCUGAGACCAAGUGGUCAGACCCCAUUAGGCUUCGCCAAGGGGAGGCCCCGGGCUCCAUUGACACGUGGCCGGGGCGGCGGAGUGGCUGCAUGAUCGUCAUCACCUCCAUCCUCGCCUCUCUGGCUGGCCUCCUGCUCCUGGCUUUCCUGGCAGCUUCCACGUUGCGCUUCUCCAGCCUAUGGUGGCCUGAGGAGGUCCCCGAGCAUCUUCGGAUCGGCUCCUUCAUGGGGAAGCGCUACAUGACCCACCACAUCCCGCCCAGUGAGGCCACCACACUGCCUGUGGGAUGUGAGCAGGGCCUGGACCCCCUCCCUAGCCUCAGCCCUUAGCUUGGCCUCUGUGCCCCAGGCUUCCCCCCACGGUACCCCAACUGCCUGGAAUCUGCCCCAGGUCUCUGUGAGUGCACUGGGGGGAGGCCAUGGUCAGGGUUUGAGUCCAACCCCACCCCUGUCCCCACCCCUCUCCUGCCAGCCCUCCUGGGGAUGUAUGGAAGCAGAUGGACCAGCCUCCCUGACCAGGAACUUUAGGUCACAGGGAGGAACCUGAGGCCCUGAGGUGACCCCUUGAUUGCUAUCCCCACUUGUGCUUUUGGGGUGCCUCAUCUCCUAGGUCACAGAGACACACUCACUUCAGGGCCAGCAGCUACCAGGUGUGCAGUGAUUCUGGAUAGGACUCAGCCCUGCUCUGCCUGGUCAGGGGGUUGGGCAGGGCCCAUCCUGGGGUCUACAAAGCCUGAGCUACCUUCAGCCCAUCCGAAAGCUGGGGCUCAGAUGCAGACUUUAGGGGCAUCUCCAUUGUCCCUGGGCACUGGCUCUUCCUGAGGGGGGACUCACAGGACUAGAAAGUCAGGCAAUGUAGACGGACAUUAUAACCAUGCAGUUACGGGUUCCAGCCACCACCUCUAAGCCCUCCUCCGCACACAGACGUCUCACACACUCGCCUGCUCACUCACAUCCCUUGUUGAGCACCUGCUAUAUGUCGUGCACAGUGUUAGACGUGGGGGCUCAGGCAGAGGUGAUCCUGAACUUGGGGUCUUCCUGCUCUGGAUCUCAACCACCUGUCCAAACGUGACCUCGUAAGGUUGUGGGUCUGUCACACCUUAGACUGUCACUUGCUUUCUGGCUCACACUCCCUCAGGCAGUUGGCGCAGUGAGCUCUCUGGGAGUCAAGAGACCUCCAUCCCUGGGAAGGUCUCCCUGCAGACCCCAAGCGUUGUCUGUCCUCACGGCCAGCAGUUCCCGCAUUGCCACACAGGGGCGCCAGUGCAUUGCGGCUAGACCGCCGCAGGCUCAUGCACAUGCGCGCUCCUUACCACAACCCCGUCCCCUGCCUCAGCCCCCACUGUGCUCCCUUCAGUCCGCUGGGCCGCAGUUGUUUCCUGGAUAGAGAAAUUGGGGCUCAAGUAAUGACUCGCGUGUACGCUCUGUCCAGUCAGCCACCCCGUGUCCCCGGGGCCACCCUGCUUGCCCUCUUUGGAGGUGAAUAAACGUCUGCUCCUCCGA